AUGUCCACUCCAGUUGACAACUCUUUGACCAGUCUCAAGGCAUCCACUGCCCAGAUCAUGGCCAUCAUCAGCAGUGCCCGGCAGAUUCCCCCAGGUAACAGCCACUUUUCUCUGACAACACAGGUCAGUUCACUUGUGGCUCAAGUGAUCAAGGACUAUCAGACUGGACCCCUGUUUGGCAUUGUGCUUUCAUGCUCCAAGGAGCUAUUGUGUGUCCAGGGCAUGACUCCCCAGGUCUGGCGCAACUGGCACAACAUUGGGUACGACAAUCCCCAUCUCUUGCAGCAUGUCUGGCACCCCAAGCUCCUCACCUGGGAGGCCUUAGGUGACCAUACCUUUGAUCUCCCAGUUGCUGCUCCUCCCUCCACAGGUCCAAUUCCAGUGGACCUUCCCUCCCCACCCAUCUGCACCAGCAAUGUCACUGGUCCCUCCACCAGCACCAGCACUGAGUUCCAGGACAAGGGGAAAGGUAAGGCUGUCAAUGCUGACCUGGAGCCUGAGGUGGAAGGGAGUCAGAAGAGGAAGUCUCCCAUGAUUUUGGGACCCCCCUCCCAACCACUGAAGUCUGUGAGGAAGACUUGCAAGUGUGCAAAGUCCUCUCGCUGGGUGACAUCCAAGCCCCUAGUGGACUUGGAAGAUGAGGAAGACAUGAGUAUUCAGCCAUUUUUGGGUGGAGUGCUAGACAUUGUCCUUCCCUGGCUCUUCAAUUCGCCUAGAUCACCCCAGGUUCCAACCAAAAAGCCCUUUGGCCCUGCUACAGUGAUUGCUGGCAGUCACCCAGCAGUCAUUGAGCCCUCCCAGCCAACUCCCGAAAGCCCAGUGGAGGCACCCCCAGUCAUCAAUGGAGGUGAUAUUCUCAUUCCCAGACCAGUGAAACAACCCAUGCCAGGUUUGCACCAAGCUAAAGUGGGACUGUGCAACUCAGUUGGACAAGAGGACCGGGAAUCUGUGUAUGUUGUGCGUCCGCUGCACAACAAAGAAGGUCAAGUGCAUCCCAGUGACUAUGGGUACCCUGCUGAAAUGUGUUCAUGGGUCCUCUACCACCCAGAACACAAGGUCCAGGACACCCUCCAAGGCUCCCUCCAAAGCUCCCCCCACCUCCCAAUACAAGGCCCAGACUCACAUCCCACAUUCCCAAUUCCCAAACCUCCACCCAAUGCAACAUCCUUGUUGCUUGAUCAAUCUGUCCCCCUGUCCAUGUCACCAUCUGCAUCUGCACUCCCUCCUCUCAUUGAUCUCUCGAUUGGAGAGAUGAUGCCCACACCCCCGAAAUUUGAGGAUGCCUCUGCCAUUGAGGGCCUCCUGUUUGAGUACAACCAGGUUGUUCAACCAGAGGUUCCAGAUACAUCCAGUGAAAUUGUGGACCCAGGUGAUCCAGGCAACCUGGUCCCAGAAUAUGAUUCUUCCAAUGACAUGGAUGUUGAGGUGAAGGUUGAAGCAUCUUCUGAGGAGGUUGACAUGGCUACAUAA